CGCGGGGACGGCGACGGGUGGUGGCGGAGGCGGGACAGGGUCGGAGCCGAAGCCGAGCGGCUACGGCGGCUGCCGGGCUGGGGACAAGCGGAAGGAACACAGAGUGCUACCUUAUCUAAGCAACCAUGCUGGCUGCAAGGCUAGUAUGCCUCAGGGCAUUAUCAUGCCAGACUAUCCGCCCCACCAUUACUCAAGCUUCCCCAGCUUUGAGGAACUCCAAUAUAAAAGCAUACAGGCUAUGGCAACCUAACCAGUGUUAUGCCACCAGAGUAAGAACGGGUGUAAGGCGUGGAAAAAUUGGCCAGGAAAUUAAAGAAGCAGCGUUUGAGCCAUCUGCAGAAACAGCAAUUAAAGCUGAUCGCGUCGGGAAAUUUAUUGUUGCUGGAGGAGCUGCUGUUGGCCUGGGGGCCCUGUGUUACUAUGGACUGGGCAUGUCCAGUGAGAUCGGAGCUAUUGAAAGAGCUGUUAUUUGGCCACAGUAUGUGAAGGACAGAAUUCGCACCACGUACAUGUACUUUGCGGGGAGCAUCGGCUUGACGGCACUGUCUGCUGUGGCAGUGAGCAGAUCUCCAGCACUCAUGAGCCUUAUGACAAAAGGCUCCUGGCUGGCAAUAGGUGCGACUUUUGCAGCCAUGAUUGGUGCUGGAAUGUUGGUCAGGUCUAUAUCAUAUGAAAACAGUCCUGCAGCUAAACAUUUGGCAUGGAUGAUGCAUUCAGGUGUGAUGGGUGCAGUGGUGGCUCCCCUGGCCUUCUUGGGUGGUCCUUUGCUGAUCAGAGCUGCGUGGUACACCGCUGGGAUCGUCGGAGGGCUCUCAACUGUGGCCAUGUGUGCUCCAAGUGAAAAAUUUCUGAACAUGGGAGCACCCCUUGGAAUAGGCUUAGGCUUUGUUCUUGCCUCUUCAAUUGGAUCCAUGUUCUUGCCUCCUACUUCUGCUUUUGGUGCUGGCCUGUAUUCAGUAGCUGUUUAUGGUGGGCUGGUCCUCUUUGGCAUGUUCCUGCUCUAUGAUACGCAGCACGUUAUCAGGCGGGCGGAAACAAUUCCCUAUUACGGCGUAACAAAAUACGAUCCCAUCAAUGCGUGCAUGGGUAUCUACACAGAUACGCUGAACAUCUUCAUUCGGGUGGCCACCAUGCUGGCGGGUGGUGGAGGUGGCAGGAGGAAGUAAACUGAGACUCCUUUUUGCAGCUGUCUGACAGCCUCCUCAGAGCACAUGCUAAAUAAAAGUUCAUGAUGACAGACAGUAGUGCUGCAAGUCAGAAGUUUAAAGCAUUUCAGCUUAUUGUUUCAGUGCAAUGCAAUUCAGACUUAAUAGUUUUUCUUCAAACACUUUCCAGCUCUGUGUUUAAAAUAAAUGUGAACUGCUUCUAAUUGUACAUUAUUUUGGGAAAGUAAAUUAUUUUUAAUAUAUGAGUACAAUAGCCUUAUCUGCUAUUUAAUGGGUUUGACAGCAGUUCAAUACUUCCUUUUUUUUUUUACUGUUACUGCAUAGUAAAGGAAGUAAUUUUCAACCUUGUAUCCUAUGUGCAGAUAAGGGCAGAAGCCACUUCAUUAAAUGCUUUUGAGAUGCAUCAGUUUUCAGUUAAGACUGCAUAAAUGCUAUUUUAGGGACACAUUAAGAAGAAGUUAACAAAUUGGAUAUGGCAGUAAAUGCAAUAAUGACUUCUACCUGAGCAGAAACUUAGAGAAGUUUAAGCAGUUGGGAGAAACACAUUGGAUUUGACAGGUGAGGUGACCAAAAAGUAUGGAGGAGACAAGAUGAGGAGACUAUGCAGCAUUUGUCCUGUAGGAGCUUCAGUCUCUUUCAGGAGUGCACGUGAACACUCGUUGCUUUAAUGUUGACUGGAUAUAAUAGAUAUAUUCUUUUGAUACUAGAUUUAUCCAGCUGUUGAACAACAGUAGAGUUGUGUCUGUCUUCCAGUGACUAAAUUACAGUAGUGCAGGUGAAGCAUCCUUCAGAAGAGCUUCUUGUGCUCAUCUCUUACAACCUUGUGCAAUUGGCGUAGAAAGAGAGAAUUGAGAGUGGCCUGCUGUAAACCCAAGUAUCAUAAAUUGAUCAUUGUAAGCUUUAGUCUGUUUCUAAUUCUCCAAAUUGUUAUGUUUAGCUUGUCUAAAAUGUUCUCUAUCAGUGAAUUUGAUUUAACAUUUAAGAAAUGUGUACUUGCCAGACUCUGUUGCUAUAGAUUGGAAUAAAAGGUGAGUUCUUUGGCGCAAGAAAAUUUUGAGCUCAUGUCCACAAUUCAGACUUUCAGUUUCUGGUAAAUGUGCUGUUUAUGUAUUGACUUACAGAAAAUAAAAUUCUAGCCUCACAA